AUGGAGCAAUAUUUCAGGGCUGCAAGGAUCCCUGAUUCUAAAAGGGUGUCAAUAACCAACAUGUAUCUUCAGGGUGAUGCCAAGUUAUGGUGUAGUACCAGGAUGGAAGAUGAUGCUAAUGCGGGCCAACCCACGAUAAAGACCUGGGAAGUCUUGAAAAAGGAACUGAAGGAUCAGUUCCUUCCCUGCAACACUACAUGGGUUGCCAGGGAAUCUCUCAAGAAGCUUAAGCACAUGGGGACAGUACGAGAUUAUGUCAAGGAAUUUAGUUCCUUGUUACUGAAUAUCAAGAACAUGUCCGAGGAGGACAAGUUGUUUAAUUUUCUAUCAGGAUUACAACCUUGGGCACAGCUUGAAUUGAGGAUGCAGGAGUUCAAAGGGUUACUUUACGUCAAGGCAUUUUUUAAUGGAAAGGAAGUGAAGGCCAUGGUGGAUUCUGGUGCUACGAAUAACUUUGUGGCACAUCGGGAGGUGGAGAGAUUGGAUCUUGAGAUUUUUCAAAGUACAACCAAGUUGAAGGCUAUGAAUUCAAAGGUAAAGUCGAUACAGGGAGCAGCUACCAUCAAACUAAAGGCUGGCACAUGGGAGUCAGAGUGCAACCUUAUGGUGGUGCCUCUUGAUGAUUUUGAUUUGAUUCUUGGAAUAGAGUUUCUAAGUGCGGCAAAGGCCAUGCUGGCACCACAUCUCAGAGGCAUGAUGAUAUGUGAUGAGGGAAGUCCAUGUUUUUUUGAAGAAAUUUCUGUAAACCAAAGUAAAGUGAAGGGCGUCGAACUGCAGUUGGCUAAGCAGUUCAAAUAUGGAAUGAAGAGGGGAAACGAAGCUUAUGUCACGGCAUUGAUCGAGAUCAAACCUGACCAGGCUGUAGAAGUACCUGAUUAUUUGGCAGAGGUGUUAGGGGAGUUUGCUCACAUGAUGCCACCAGAGUUUCCCAAAGAGUUGCCGCCUAGGAGGGCGAUUGACCACAAGAUUGAGUUAGAACCAGAGCCUAGGCCAUCGGCCAAGGCCCCUUACAGGAUGGGUCCUGCAAAAUUGGCUAACUUACCGAGGCAGUUAGACGAGUUGCUUGAUGCUGGGUUAAUACAACCAUCUAAGGCUCCUUAUGGUGCCCCAGUUCUGUUUUAG